AUGCUCAAUUCGCAAACCCAACCCGACGAGUUCACGUUCCCCUUUAUUCUGAAGUCGUGUUCUUCUCUUACUAACAAACCCAUUGCAUUAGAAUCCCAUAGCCGACUGGUCCGAUUAGGAUUCCAAUGGGAUGUUUAUUCUUCCACUGCACUGAUCGAUGUUUAUGCGAAAUUGGGCUGCAUUGAUGAUGCAAGAAAAGUGUUUGACAAAAUGAGUGAAAGAAAUGCGGUGUGUUGGAAUGCAAUGACUGCUGGUUAUGCUUAUAAUGGGCUUGACUUGGAGGCCAUAGCCAUUUUUAGGGAGAUGUUAGAGAUGGACUUUGAGCCUGGAGUCUCGACCAUGGCGGCUGUUUUGCCUGCUUGUGCAAGGCUGCAUGCUCUGGAUCAUGGGCGGUGUGUCCAUGGUCUGGUGGUGCGCAGAAAGCUUUCGUAUGAUAGCACGGUGUAUAAUUGCCUCAUCGACAUGUAUGCAAAGUGUGGUAAGCUUGGCAUGGCCAGACAAUUAUUUGAUGAGAUUAUGGAGAAGACGGAUGUGUCGUGGACAUGCAUGAUAUCAGGUUAUGUCCAUUGUGGAAUGAUGGAUGAGGCAUCGAUCCUCUUUCGGGAGAUGCAGGAAUUGGGUUUUAAGCACAGCUAUGCCACAAUGGCAUGCAUGCUUGAUGCAUGUGCCGAAUUGGCGGACUUGAGGCUUGGGUCAUGCAUCCAUGGCCAUGCUGCGAAGCAUGGGUUUGACAUAGAUGUGAUCACAGGCACCGCUCUCAUAGACAUGUAUGCUAAGUGUGGGUUCAUUGAGGAGGCUAGGAGGGUCUUUGACGAGAUGCCCGACAGGAAUGUCAUAACCCACAAUGCCAUGAUCUUCGGCUAUGGCAUACACGGCCAUGGCACUGAGGCUUUAGAGACAUUCAAAAACAUGAGAGAAGAUGGAGUAAAACCAAAUUCGAGCACGUUUGUUUCGGUGCUCUCGGCUUGCAGCCAUGCUGGCCUAGUGAAUGAGGGAAAGCAGUACUUUGAAUCUAUGGUGACUCUACAUGGUAUGACCUACGAGGCAAAACAUUAUGCCUGCAAGGUUGACAUGCUCGGUCGAGCUGGGUUUGUGAGAGAAGCAUUUGAGCUCAUAAAAGGUAUGCCCAUCGAGCCCGAUGAUGUAGUAUGGGGGGCUUUGCUUGGUGCUUGUAGGAUGCACGGGCAUGUAAAGCUUGGACGAAUGGCGGCCGAGAGAGUUUUGGAAUUGAAGCCCGAAGAAGCUGGUUAUUAUGUGCUGGUAGCAAAUAUGUAUGCCGCAGAGGGCAAAUGGGGGGAAUCUCUAAGGCUGAGAGAGAUGAUGAGAGAGAGAAAUAUGAAGAAAGAAGCAGGUUGCAGCUCAAUUGAGGAUGGUGGUUUGGUUCAUUCAUUUGUUGUAGGAGAUUUCAGGCACCCAGAGUGGGGUGAGAUACAUGAGAAGAUGGGGGAGAUGAGUGAGAAACUGAGAUGUGAGGGCUAUGUACCUGAUACAAGCUUUGUGUUGCAUGAGGUAGAGGAGGGGGUGAAGGGAGAGAGGCUCUCAUUGCAUAGUGAGAGAAUAGCAUUGGCUUAUGGGCUGAUAAAGAAGGGAAAAGGGGUGCUCAUCAGGAUUACAAAGAACUUGAGGGUUUGUGGGGAUUGUCAUAAUGUGUUUAAGCUAGUGUCUAAGAUUUAUGGUAGAGACAUUAUAGUAAGGGACUCCAAUCGUUUCCACAGGUUUGAAAGGGGGCUGUGUUCUUGUAAGGACUACUGGUGA